AUGUUGGAAGAGAUAAUGAGUUUGGAGAAGAAGGGCGAAGGGAUAGUGAAGAGGCAGUGUUUUGGGAGGAAAAGGGUGGUGGUGUCAAUUCCAAGUGGUUUACAGUUAGAAUUAGAGGAGAUGGAUGAUUUGAAUACCGGAGGGCGAGGCACAGAAACAAAGAAGCAUUGCAGUUGUGAGAUGUGGUUGUCUCCUCUGGAAUCCUUGCCUACAGAUGUUGUGGUUAGGAUAAUAUUGGGGGUUGAUCAUGAUGAUUUGAGCAGGCUGUUUCAUGUGUCCAAGACCAUUCGAGAAGUGACAAUGAUCGCUAAGAAAUGGCAUUUUGAGUAUAGUACACCCACAAAAACCAACCACCAGCUGCUCGAUGACGAUGAGGAUUCAGUUGAAUUGGAAGCACCAAAUGCUCCAAGACAGACGACAAGACUUCCAGAGCUUCGGUUAAGCCAUAAGAAGUUGUCUUCUAUUGCCGUAGUCCUGUUUCCAUGA